AUGGCCCUCAGCGGUGGUCACUCAACCAAUGUGGCGGAGGACGAGUCGCCGAUCUUGGCGGGGCGCCAAAGAGCAAAACGCAUUCCGGUGGCGGCCCUCCAAGCGCCGCCGAAGGCGGCGCAAGGCGCCGGUAGCGCCGGUAGCGGCGGCGAUGGCGGCGGCGGCGGCGGCGGGGUGGUGCGGCGGAUGUGCCGUUCGGUGCUGUCGCAGCUGCCGGGGCCGCUGUGGCUCCAAGAUGCUCUGCCUGGGGGUCGGCGGCGGCGGCAACGGCGCGAGGCGAAGGAGGCGACGGCAGCUGAGGAGGCAGUGGUGUUAGGCGCACCAGUGCUCGGGUGGCCACGAGACGACGUGCCGGGGCUGUACAGCUCCUUGUCCUGGCUGGUGUCGAGAAUGGCUGUAAACGCGGUGGCGACAGCUGCGCUGCCUCCAGUCGGACCCAUGGGUCAGUGUCGUACGCCCUGUGUUGGGGUGCAGGGGAUUGCUCGUAUCGUCCUGCGGGCGCGCGCUGUGAUCUCGGGCCAGUAG